GCAUUGCGUACAAUGGUGGAAGUAGUUCUGAUAUUCUGCGAAUCGGUGUCCCUCCCCCUGGCCAUUUAUAGAUAGCUAGCUUCUAACGUUAUUAGCUAGAUGAAUUACGCACUGUGAGGGGUUUUACAAUAAAUACAUGUCGUCGCUUUCUUAUAAAGUUGUUGUUGAGGAGUGACAAAGCAAGUCUUGACCCAAUUGGAUUAGUAGUUCAUAAAGAAAAGUUGAGGUCUUAUUUCAUAUAACAGUGUCUCAUAGCUCCCAGGGUGUGUGAGAGAGAGGAGGGAGUGGAAGGGGGCGCGACUGCUACAGUUUGAGAAGAGCGAGAAAGGUGUUCUGCCUUCACAUCCCCCCAGAGGAGAAGAGUAGCAUAGUCCUUCUCAGAGACCUGUAUUGCUGUGAUGUCAGAGGGAGACGGUAAACCCCUCCAGGUUCCGGAAGCCAAGGCAGAGACGGUGACCCCAAGUGGCCAGGGACCUGCGUCUGUGUGUCCCCCUGUAACGGGGCCCCCCGCCACCACCCCCACAGAGGAUGAGGAGGAGGAGAGCGAAGAUGAGUCGGAGAUCCUGGAGGAGAGCCCCUGCGGCCGCUGGCAGAAACGCAGAGAGGAGGUGAACCAACGGAAUGUCCCAGGGAUAGAUGCUGCCUACCUGGCCAUGGACACGGAGGAAGGGGUGGAGGUGGUCUGGAACGAGGUCAUGUUCUCAGAGAGGAAGAACUUCAAGCUGCAGGAGGAGAAGGUGAAGUCUGUGUUUGACAACCUGAUUCAGCUGGAACAUCUCAACAUCGUCAAGUUCCACAAGUACUGGGCUGACAUCAAUGACAUCAACCGUGCCAGGGUUAUUUUCAUCACUGAGUACAUGUCCUCGGGAAGUCUGAAGCAGUUUCUGAAGAAGACCAAGAAGAACCACAAGACUAUGAAUGAAAAGGCCUGGAAGAGAUGGUGCACCCAGAUCCUCUCAGCCCUCAGUUACCUCCACUCCUGUGAGCCGCCCAUCAUCCACGGGAACCUGACCUGUGACACCAUCUUCAUCCAACACAACGGACUCAUCAAGAUAGGAUCAGUGGCUCCAGACACCAUCAACAACCAUGUAAAGACCUGCAGAGAGGAGCAGAAAAACCUGCACUUCUUCGCCCCAGAAUAUGGCGCUGUUGCAGAUGUCACUACUGCAGUGGAUAUCUAUUCCUUUGGGAUGUGUGCCUUGGAGAUGGCAGUAUUGGAGAUCCAGGGGAAUGGAGAAUCUUCCUACGUCUCUCAGGAGGCCAUCAACAAUGCCAUACAGUCACUGGAAGACCUACUGCAGAGGGAGUUUAUCCAGACUUGUCUGGAGGCUGACCCAUUUAAGAGACCUACAGCCAGAGAGCUGCUGUUCCACCAGGCUCUGUUUGAGGUGCCCCUGUUGAAGCUGUUAGCUGCGCACUGCAUAGUCAGCCACCAGCACAUGAUCCCUGAGAAUGCCUUAGAGGAGAUCACUAAGAACAUGGACCCCAACCUCAUCAUCGCUGAGAUCAAGGAGGGUGUGCAGCUCAAACUGUCUCAGUUUCCUGCCUUGGAGCUGGAUAAGUUCCUGGAGGAUGUCCGGAAUGGCAUCUACCCCCUGACAGCAUUUGGCUUGCCCUCUCACCAGCAGCCCCAGCAGUCCCCUGUUAAGUCCCCCAUUGUCACCCCUUCUGUCAAAUCCCCCACCCCAGAACCUGCUGAACUAGAGACACGCAAGGUUGUUCAGAUGCAGUGUAAUAUUGAGCCGGUGGAGGAGGGUGCAAAACAUCAUCUGACACUACUGUUGAAGCUGGAGGACAAACUCAACAGACACUUAAGCUGUGACUUGUUACCCAAUGAGAAUGUACAGGAACUGGCUCUUGAGCUGGUACAACUGGGCUUCAUCAGCGAGGUGGACCAAAGCAGGAUGGCCACUGUGUUAGAAGAGGCCUUCACCAAGUUCUUCAGCAGGAACGGUUCCCUCAAUCCCAUUACUGUGUCCUCAUAACAGGAUCAACAUGGACCCCCACUCCAUUACCUAUAAUACCCCCUACAUGCUUGUUACAACCCUCCCUUUCUUACCCCUAAGGAUCCAUGGAUCCCCACUUCAGUACAUAUACACCUAUUGGCAGGCUUAGGCCUACACCUAUACCUCUGCUGGCCCCAACCACCACACAUGCACACGCCCCCUGCCUCAGACUCUUUCACCCAAAACCUUGUGUGGUGUCUUCUAUUUGUCUGGAGGACCAUAGAGCCUUAUUAUGGGGCUGUCCGAGUCAGUCCCACUCUGUUUAGUUCUCUCUAUAUACACAGUAGCAACUUCUUUUGGAAAGGAAGCCAACACAGUUAUCAUAUGUCAGUGUUACUUGUUUGUGUUUUAUAUCUUUGCCAUUUGCCUUCUCGGUGGCUGUAUACAUGCACAUGCUAUCCGCCUUAAAGUUCUCUGCUUCAGUGUGGUCACGCACAGCUGUGCAUGAAUGUCUGCAGUGAACUUACCUGUAGGUGACCAUUGUAGGCUGCGUUUAGACAGCCUGCCAUAUUCUGAUCUUUUUUUCCACUAAUUGGUCUUUUAACCAAUGAAAAAGAUCUGAAUUGGCUAUAUUUAUGUUACAAAUGUGUCAUUGUAUCUUUCCCAUUUUUGUUUUUUACACUCAGAGUUUACUGUGGUCUCAACUGAUGGAGCCAAUAGUCUGGGAGGGGCUGUAUUUACAGGCUGUCAGUCAAAGCAGAGGAACAAGCUGAAUGAUUUACUGGAGCUGUCCAAUGGCUGGAGCUGUAGUUAAGAGGUGUUUGGGUGGUGAACAGUAUUCAUGCCUCUGAUUUGUUAUCACAACUUUAUCUGUUCUGUAAAAAAAUAUAUACUUUACAUUGUUUGGCAAACCUUAUUUCUUAUAGUGGACUUGGAUAAAGAAAUGGUUUCCUUUGGACGUUCCGUUGAAUAUUCUGGCUAUUGAGAAAGUGUUUUUUUGUUGUGUACAGCAAGUAAGGGUUUUACUUUACUGUACACAUCCAAAGAGGAGUUUGUAUGAGGAGUAAAUAUAUAGAUAUAAGUGGAUAAAUUGUUAAUGUAGUGGCCUGGCUGUGUGACUGGUACUGCUUUAGCCAAGCUGUUGUCUUGCCAAAUGCAACAAUUAAAUGCUGUUGAACGCAGUUAGGUAACCUGGGUCACGUUCAGUAGGACACAAUGUUGUGAAAUUAAAAUCUGUUUUACGGUUACUGUAAUAUUCAAUGUGCUUUUUUUUCUUUAUAGUAGUCUAUCUAUGUUCUGAGGAGCACUUGGGCAGUGUAGUUAGUGGUUGAGAAAGAGGGUGUGUGUGCGUGCGCAUGAGAAGUAAGUUUGUGCUCGUGUGCCUUCUGACAAGUGUGUAUCCUAUGACAGCCUCUGCAAUGUAUGACUUUCUGUUUCCUCUUUAAAUGGUUUGUAUUUUCUAUUUGUAAAUAAAUAUGUAAUGCACCA